AUGUCCACGAACUACAGUGGUGGACAGAGUGGACAAAAACAGCAAACCAGCAGCAGUACUUAUAUUCAGGGUUCCCAAGGCAGCCAGUCCUAUGGCCAGGUCUACAGACCUCAAAGUGGCAGUUCCUAUGGUCAGGGUGGAUCGAGUUUCUCAGGCAGCAGCAGCUCCUAUGGCCAGGGCUACCAGCCUCAAGGUGGCAGUUCCUAUGGACAGCAGGGCGGAUCUGUUUCCUACGGUGGCAGCAGUGGUUGUGGACAAGGUGUCUCCUAUGAUAGCAAUCCCUGUCACCAGGGUGGAUCACAGGGUAGUCAGAGUGGCUCAUAUUCCUCACAAAACUAUGGUGGUAGCCAACAGAGUGGAUCAUCAUACUCCCAAAAUUAUGGUGACAACCAGGAUGGAUCCUACUCACAAAACUAUGGUGGUGGCCAAGGUGGAUCAUCCUCAGACACCUAUUAUGACAGUCAGGAGUCACAAGAUUCCUCAUAUGAUAAUAAUCCCAAUGCUUGUGAUGAUAAUGACAUUACCUAUAGUGCCAAUAGUCAGCGUUCUGGUUGUACAAAGAAGAAAGUUGUUGUUGCCCGAGACACAUCACAUGUUUUAAGCAGAAGAGCCUAUGAUGUACAGAAUGCAUCUUCUUCAAAUAGCAGCCACUCUGACGUGCAGGGUGGAUCAUUUAUUGCAACCAGCGGAUCAAGUAAUCAGGGUGGUUGCAUUUGUCCUGAUGGAAGCAGCGGUCAUAGACAGGGAGGGCCUUCCUUCUAUCCUGGUGGAUCUUAUGGACAGGGAGGGUCUUCUGUUUAUGAUGGCAGCAGUGAAUCCUAUGGUCAGGGUGGAUCUUCUGCUUAUAGUGGUUCUGAGACUUAUGGCCAGGAUUCAGCUUCCAUGGGAGCCAGUGAAACUGAAUAUAGUGAUUCCUCCUCACCAUCUGGUAGCCGCCAGAGUGAACGGGAUUUUUAUUCCCCAGGAGGCAGCCAGUCAGGUGGACAUGGGUCAUCUUCUCAAAGUGGUAGCUACUCCAGUGGACAGGACACAGCCUCAUCUGGAAGCAGCCAGUAUGGGGGGCAGGGUUCACCUUCCUCAGGAGGCAGCCAGUCUGGUGGACAGGGUGGAUGUGAUUGUUCUGGGGGAAGUUCUGGUGGAUCCUCUACUUUAGUCAGAAGUGAUUCCUCUGUAAAUGACUCGUCUUCCUCUGGAGGCAGCCAGUACAACAGCCAAGAUUCAUAUUCCUCUGGAGCUAGCCAGUAUGGAGGACAUGAGUCAUCUUCUUAUGGAGGCAGCCAGUAUGGUGGACAAGGUUCAGGAGGCAGCCAAUAUGGUGGACAGGGUUCACCUUCUUCAGGAGGCAGCCAGUAUGGAGGACAGGGUCCAUCUUUGCCAGGCAGCAGCCAUUAUGGAGGACAGGGUAUAGCUUCUUCAGGAAGCAGCCAGUAUAGUGGACAGGGCUUUUCUUCAGGAGUCAGAGAGUCUGGUGGACAGGGUGGGUGUGUGUGCCCCGGUGGAGGUUCAGGCUCUUUCUCAGGAAGCAACUACCAUGGUGGACAGGGUUCAUAUCCUGGAAGCAAUCAGUAUGGUGGACAGGCAAGCAUAUUUUCUUUGUUUUCAAGAUCUUCUUUCUACUUGCAAUUUAUUAAACAAGAAAUAUCAUGCAGUACAUAUACUGACAGCUUUUUGGGGUCAUUUUACUCCUAAUAAAUAUUUGAAAACAGGACUGUCAGUAGCUAGAGUCUACUUGAAAUGGAGUAGCAUGAACAAAUUUCCAAAUAAAGAAAUUCUGUAGAUAAUUCAAGUUGUUUUAUGUCAGAAUGCCUCUUAUCUCAAAUUAUUAUUUUAAAUUUUAAUUUAUAUGAAUUUUUGUAUUUACAUUAAAUACUUGGAAAAUUUGGUACAGAAUAAACCAAUAGAUACUGCUUUAAAAAAAUACAAAUUCUGGUCUCUUACACACAAUAACACUACUUUCCUCUUCAACUCAAGACCCUUCCUGUCA